GCUUUAGCAAGAAACCUGUCAAAUCUCUUCCUUUGCCGGGCAACAGGUCGUUGUUUCGACAGUAGCCAACAACGACCUACACCGACUUGCCCGCCGCUGUAUUCUAUUGGUGACAGCUGGCCGCACCGCAGCAUCUAUCACGUUGCCAGCGAACCGCUUCCUCCUUCACCCAUAGACUCGAACAGCGCACCAUACGGAACUACCCUUGUUCGUCAACCGUCAUUACCCCGAUUGCCGAAAGGACCGCGGGCUCCUAGAACACUGAAGCGAAGGUCCACCGGUGCACUCUGCCAAUUCAUGACAAAGGUUGCCCCUGACUCCGUUGUUCCACCUCCCGACGUGUCUACACCGGCGCUUUCCGAGGAGGGGGCCGCUCUCGACAAGGUAGCGCAGAAACGAGCUGCUCAGCACUUGGAGAAUCAGCAAGCGGCAGUAGACUUUAUAGAGACAACCAUAGGAAGAAAGCUGGGGAAUGACAGCUUGCACGAGUCCUUACGAAAUGGUGUCGUUCUAUGCGAGCUCAUGAAUAAGCUGAAGCCUGGGAGUAUUUCCAUAAUCAGCACGAGAGAUGCCCCAUUUCUGCAGAUGGAGAAUAUCAAUCGCUUUCUCACUGCGAGCAAAAACCUUGGUCUGAAAGGACAUGAGCUCUUUCAAACUGUCGACCUAUUUGAGGGGAAGGACAUGCAGCAGGUGAUCAUCACCAUCCUCACCAUCGCACGGGUCAUUGCGGGAUCUCCUCUAAAAUCUCGGCCACCUGACGAACUGAACCCAUAUCGGAAUGAGGUGAUAGUAUCUGAAGAUGCACCACCCCAGAAACCAGUUCCUGUCCAUACCAAGUCGAUAUCAGUAUCACAUUUUGGGAACACUAGACCGGUGACGCCCUCGGGGAUGAAGAAAGCAGAUUCAGACCGAAACCUCCGAGCACCACGAACAAGAACUGAGUCACCACACCGAUCUAGUCGACCCGGAUCGAGAGCAAGCAGCGUUCGGGGAUCCAAGACGCCAGCGGAGAGGAUCACUCUGGGGCCUUACCAAUUGGGAAGCAGUAUUGGGAAGGGUCAAUUUGGAACGGUUUACCAGGCAUUGAAUAUGGAAACUGGGCAAGUGGCGGCCAUCAAACGCAUUCCAUUGGCUGACCGUAAAGAACAGGGUGUACAAGAGCUCAUGCAAGAGGUUGAACUCCUGAAGUCGUUGACACACCCUAAUAUAGUCAAGUACCUGGGUUUCGUCCUUCAGGAAGGAUAUCUAAACAUCAUUUUGGAGUUCAUGGAGUGUGGUUCGCUACAAAGCGUAAUGAAAAAGUACAACCUUCUGAUACCCGAAAAGCUGGCUGCAGUUUACGUGGAAAACAUUUUGGAGGGACUUCAGUACCUGCAUGAAAAGGGUGUUGUCCAUUGUGACCUCAAAUGUGCCAAUAUCCUGACAACCAAGGACAGCACAGUGAAGCUGUCCGACUUUGGAGUAUCAAAGCAACUUAAUGGCGUGGGGGAGGACGAGCAAGCUGUCGCUGGUACACCCUACUGGAUGGCACCCGAGAUCAUAGAGUUGAAGGGCGCAUCGACGGCGUCAGACAUUUGGAGUCUUGGAUGUACUAUAAUUGAAAUGAUCACCGGAAAGCCUCCAUAUCUGGAUCUGAAGAACCCGAUGACUGCCUUGUUCCGUAUUGUUGAAGAUGACUCUCCACCAUUGCCGGAUGACAUAUCGGAUGAUCUUCGGGACUUUUUCGACAAAUGCUUCCAACGUGACGUUGACAAGCGAUGGACAGCUAGUGCCUUACUGAAGCAUGAUUGGAUACGACUGAAAUACCAGGACCCGGAUACCGCGGAAGAAAGCGCUAUGCUCCUCGAAGUCGGAACAAGAAUGAUCCAAGAAAAUGCCAUGACCCCAUCAAUACCGCAAUCCAUGGAUACCAUCCCCGAACCUACACCUAGCUUUGACCUCGAAACUCCCGAAACAUCUAGAACUCCAACGAUCCGCGAAGAUUCUUUUUGUUCAUCACAACAACCAUCAACGUCUGCUGCAUCAAUGAGCUCGACACCAAAGGACUCACCACUACCCCCUCCCAAUUCCACUCCACCCAGUCUGCCUGACCUUGGCACAAAGCCCGACUCGAGCAGCGACACCUCAGCCCUUCCAGUGGUGAUGCGUCCUUGCCGAUCUGCACCUGAAGUACACAAUCCUGCUGAUACUCACGUGUCGAUUACAGAAUCUUGCAAAGACGACGUCCACCGGGACGAGAAAAUGAAAGGGAAAAAGAGUACCAAAAAGGCAAAGAGGAAAUCACUUCCUGGGAGUUCGAAGGACAAGGACAAGGAUUGUUUGGUGAUGUAGUAGAUAGACAAAAGGCAAUUGGAUAUAGAUGGUUUCUUGCUCGGUCAAUUGUGACUUUUUUUUUUCCUGCCCUUCUAUAAUAAGAAUACCUAAUUACUGUUGUGAUACCCGC